UUUUAAUCGAUUUAAUCAUUUUGUAUUUGUAUUUCAAUUUAUGUAUAUAUAUAUAAUAUUUUUAUUUUAUUUUACUUUUAUUUUGUAAUAAUUGUCAUCAACCUCUUGUCAUUCAACCUAUUCAUUGUUGUCAUUGUUAUAUUUACACUAUGGAUGAGUCAUCGAUUCGACAUCCAAACCCAAGAAACAAACCCGCAGUCCCACCACCACUCAUCAUCUCCCCUACCUUAAAUCCUUCAUACAGUAGUCCGAACAGCUUCCAAGCACUUGACCCUACUUUUAAACACGUCAGAAGCCAAUCGACGCUUUUACCUACCAAGAAGAAGCGAAAGAAGAGAAACAGAUCUCUUCUCGCACGUAUUCCUUCACCAUUAGCACCUGCUGAAUCUCCAGUCUUGCCUACACCGGUACAAUCACCAACGACAACGACAACAACAACGACAACAAUAAGACCAGAUACGACCACGACAGAAAAAUCAACAGCAGCACCACCACCAGCAGAAACAGCUAAUCAAAAUGGACCAAGUUUCUCUUUCUGGGAUUAUCUGCGGGAUGAAUUGACGGUGUCUGAUUUUGAUAGUGGGCAGGAAAUUAAGCGUGAGAGGGUUACGAAUUUCUUGGCUGUUCCUGGUGCACUUGAAAAGUUGAUGGGAUUUGGGUUUGUGGUCUGCUUGGAUUCAUUUCUCUACACUUUUACCAUCUUACCUCUUCGGUUCUUUCUGGCACUGUACCAUUUCGCAUUCAAUUUCUUUCACAAUCUACAAUGGUUUCUAUUCCGCAAACCAAGUGUUGUUCGGCUUCGACCUUCUCAAAAAUGCGAUCUUUUGAAAGGAUUGUUGAUUACAAUCACUUGUAUUUCAAUGUGUUCAUUCGACCCCUCAAGACUAUACCAUUUUAUCCGUGGCCAAGCGGUUCUCAAACUAUAUGUGGUUUUUAAUGUUCUCGAGAUCUGUGACAAGUUGUGCUGUUCGGUUGGUGUCGAUAUCCUGGAUGCCUUGUUUUCAAAAGCCACACUUGGCGAACCUGGUCAGAGUAUCGGAAGAGCUGCCUAUGCCAAACGUCAAUUGAAGCCACUUACCUUGUUCUUACUGGCAACUGGAUACAUGAUUGUCCAUACUUCGGUUCUAUUCUUUCAAAUGAUCACUCUCAAUGUUGCAAUCAACUUUUAUUCCAAUGCGCUCUUGUCUCUCUUGAUUUCCAACCAGUUUGUCGAGAUUAAACAAUCAGUUUUCAAAAAGUUUGAAAAAGAGAAUUUGUUUCAACUCAGUUGUAGUGAUAUUGUUGAAAGGUUUCAACAGGUAGUCUUCUUGGUAAUUAUCACAUUAAGAAACGUCGUCGAGCUGUCCGAAUCCUCUCCGUCUUCAAUCCUGCCGUCGACCUUUGUUCCUCUGUUCAAACUACCUGCCUCAAUGCCACUCAAUACACUUAUGACGCCGGUCGUUAUGGUUAUUGCCUCGGAACUUAUGGUGGACUGGCUCAAGCAUGCUUUUAUCACCAAAUUUAAUCAGAUUAGGCCUUCGAUAUAUGGAAAAUAUACAGAUAUCCUGUGCAAGGAUCUUGUGAUCGGAAGUCCCAGUCGAUCCAGUGGACAGCGACAUGCAUUUGUAGAUCAAUCUCCAGUGGUAUCUCGUAGACUAGGUCUUCCAGUUCUUCCUCUUGCAUGCAUGCAGGUUCGCAUGAUGCAACAACUAUUGCCUAUGAUUUUCAUGUCUCACCACAGUCAAUCAGGGCACGGGGUCUCGGUUGCAUCAAUGCUUACCAACAGUCUAUUGAAUUAUUUAACCGACCACCAUGGGACUGUGAGCAGAAUGUUACCAGCCCACAUUCAAGUCGUCGUACUUUCGAUAGCCGAAUGUGGGUGGUUAGAGCAAGGUCUAGACAAAGUUUUUAGAGUUGUGACCUGGACAGCAGUCAUAGCUAUUAUGGCACUCUGUCUUUUGGCUAUCAAAAUAUUGGUAGGAAUUCACUUGUUAGAUUAUGCCUACAAGAGAUACUCUAGUAUGGAAGCACGUCAGAAAGCAGACGAUGAAAAGGAAAAUGAAAUGAAAUCAAUGAAAAAGGAAGAAGAGGAAUAUCGCACUGGUGUACGCAACUACCUUAAUGAUACUUCUGACAAUGUCAUGGGUCAGAAGCCUAUAAAGUACACACUAGAGAAUGUCGACAGAUUUUCCAUGGUCAGAAGCCGUAUUCCAUAAUUAUACUACUGUACAAACAACAAAACAACAAAAAACAAGAAUGACUAAAAGGAAGAUAAAAACAAAACAAAGAAUUUACUAUACAUAUAUGAGAAAUAGAUAGACAAUUAUAUAGAUAGAUAUAUAGAUCAAGAGUAAGCAUAGGAUGAUCUAACAGGAGCCAAAGCGUAAAAUGCAUGUGUGUCUGUGUGUAUAUCAUUUUAUUUUAUAUUUUAUAUUUUAUAUUUUAUUUAACGUUGCAAGAAUAAAAGAAAAGGAAGAUAAAUAUAUAU